AUGUUAGAUCGUUUUUCGCGUUGGCCAGAAGCAGUGGCCUUGAAAGACAUGUUAGCAACAAUCAAGGAGCCCAAUUCGAAUCUGGAUUAUUCAAAGCACUUGUUAAUUGAACUGGAUCUCAACGAACGAGGACAACAGCCUAUCAUUCCCCACUCAAACGGGAUGACAGAAAGAUGGCACAGAUCUUUUGAAGCUGGAUUAAUGUGUCACAGUAAUACGUCUUGGGUUGAAGUACUUCCUACGCUAAUUAUAGGUUUAAUAACGGCUUUUAAAGAAGAUCUACAAGCUUCGCCAGCUGACUUUCUAUAUGGCGGACAUGUACGAUUAGCCCACGAGUUCUUCAGCCAAUCAAACAUUCCUGCAGAAUCUUCAGAAUUUUUAAAGAAACUUUGUGAUCAUUGCAAUUUCUUGCCAAUAGUUCCAGUCUCGUCUCACAACAAGAGUAAAAAGUUCAUAUUUAAGAAUCUUAAGGAUUGUACUCAUGUUUUUCUAUGCACAGAUGCUGUUAGAGAACCUCUUGAACCACCUUAUGGUGGACCAUUCGAAAUAGUUUAA